AUGGAGGUCCAGUCAUCAACUUUUCACAAUCAUCCACGAAUGAGCUAUGAUGUUUUCAUAAGUUUCAGAGGCACAGAUACUCGCAACACCUUCAUCGGAUUUUUAUACGAUGCAUUACGUCGAUUGGGAAUAAUGACUUUUAUGGAUGAUAAGAAGAUCUUAAUGGGAGAUAAUCUCAGCAAAAAACUAAUGAAAGCAAUUGAAGAAUCAAGGUUUUCGAUUGUGAUUCUAUCAAAAAACUAUGCUUCUUCAAAGUGGUGCUUGAAAGAGUUGACCAAGAUAAUAGCUACCAUGGGUCGUAGGACAGAUCUAAUCCUUCCUGUGUUUUAUCAUGUCGCUCCUUCAGACAUGAAUGUGGAACUUGGUUUAGGAUUAGAUGAUGUACGUUUUAUAGGGAUGGUAGGGAUGGGCGGCAUCGGUAAGACGACCAUUGCUAAAGUGGUUUAUGAUUGCAUUGCAUCUAAAUUUGAUGGCAGUUGUUUUCUUCACGUUCUUGGAAAUGAUUCCAAGAAAGAUAAUUUAGUAUCACUUCAAGAACAACUACUUUCCCAUUUUGGUUUAAAAGAAAACAUUAGAAUAUGGAAUGAGAACUUGGGAGCGGAAAUGAUUGGGAAUCGACUACGUAAUAAAAGGGUUCUUCUAGUUCUUGAUGGGGUUGAAAAGAAAGAGCAACUAAAUAUGCUAGCUAGAGGGCCUCAUUGGUUUGGUCCAGGGAGUAGAGUUAUCAUUACAACUACAAACAGAGACUUACUUCAUCAACCUUACAAAAUUCAUGAAUUCAAUGUGAAGUUCUUAGAUGCUCACAGUUCCCUCCAAGCUGUUUGA